UGGUGUCAGAAAGGACAGUUUCUGACAUGAGCCCACAUUUUUUGGCCUUCCUCAGGAGGGCAUAUGGAGGUCCAGGGGUGCUAAGUGACAUUUUAGGGUUUGGUGACAAGGUGGAAGUAGAGUUACGAGACACAGAGCUGCGUUUGUUCAGCUACUCUGCUGAAAAACUGGAUGAGACAGAGAAAAAACUGCAAGAAAAAUUCAAGGAAGUCAAGAUCUAUGUGCCUAACUGCUCUGCUGUGCCAUCUGAGCUUCAGGAAAAGCUUAAGUCCAAGACAAAUGAGAUGAACCGAGGGCAGCAUAGGGCUCAGGUUGUGUUUGGCUCAGACAGCACAGUGUUCCUACUGGGCCACAAGAAGGAGGUCGAAGAGCUGAGUGAAACUGUCACACAGUUUAUUUUGGACCAGUCUUGUGUGCAAAGCAUAGUCGAUCUGCCUUUCCCAGAGUUAGCACAAGAGUUACCAGAAUUGCUGCAGCUGCAUGGUUUUGACUAUUCAGGGGUUACCCUCCAUACUUUAACAUCUUCCUCUGGGCCUGUGGUGAUGCUGGAAGGUCCAUCCAGCAAAGUGACUGAGGUCAGGAACAACUUGGGUCUAUUUUUGGACUCCCUUAUUCAGGAUAAAGGCACUACUGACUCAUUAGGAGCAGUAAGAAAUAUCCGUACUCCCACUGGGAAAGAUAAACUCGUAAGUGUUACACAGAAUUUGGCAUCUUUGAGUUUAAGUGAAGUUAACACCCUAGUUGCUAGCUACAGCCUUUGUGGCGGACUCCAGGUUCUGGUGUGUCAGGGGGACAUCACCAAACAGGUUGCUGACGCCCUGGUGAACGCUGCCAAUGGAGACCUGAAACACUGUGGCGGUGUUGCUGCUGCACUGAGUAAAGCAGGUGGCCCUCAGGUUCAGAAAGCGAGCAGCGCUAUAGUAAAGCAGACUGGGAAAAUUCCUACAGGUGAAGUUGUAGUGACCACAGGGGGGAACUUAAACUGCAAGAAGCUGCUGCAUGCCGUUGGGCCUGUAGGUGGAGAAUCAGGUGGCAAAGAAAGGUUGUUAUUAGAAAAAACUGUCCAUUCUGCUCUGAAUUUAGCAGAAAUGAUGGAGUUUGAGUCUAUAGCCAUGCCCUGUAUCAGCUCAGGUGCGUUUGGUGUUCCUGUCACUGUGUGUUCUGAGGCUAUCGUGACUGCUGUUAAGGAGUUUGGCAGUCAGGGAGGGCGAAGUCUGAGCAGAAUCAUCCUGAUUGAUAACAGAGGAGAGGUGGUGCAGGCCAUGCAGGAAGCAUGUGACAGGCUUCUCCAAGGGAUAAGUCCUGGAAACCAACCAAGUGAUGUGGGGUUCCAGAUCGAUACUGCCCAAAACACUGCAAUAGGAGCCACAGCUGGAGCUCCUGGAGAUGGUGUCCGUGUGGAGAUCAUUCAGGGAACCAUCGAGACCCAGCAGGUGGAUGCUCUGGUAUCGCCCAUGGUUGGCCAUGAUCCUCUCACUACCCGUGUUGGAAACACUUUGUUUGAAAUGGUUGGACCCCAGCUGACAGCAAUGUUUAGAAAGGAAGCAGAAGAAGAAAUGACGCCUGGUGACACAGUCCUGGUAGAGGGUUUGCCUGGACUUCCAUCUAAUGCAGUGUUCUUCCCCAGCCUUGUUCCCUGGGAUGAUGACGACGAUGGGGCUGCAGUUCAGGUUCUGAGACUGUGCAUCAACAAAAUCCUAACGUCUUGUGAGAACAGAGGGUUUGGAUCUGUUGCGUUCCCCGUACUCGGGGCUGUGAUUGCUCUGCGUUUCCCUGACAACGUGGUAGCCAGGGUUCUACUGGAGGAGGUCCAUGAGUUUGAACAGAACCGAGCCGGCAGAACACCAUUCAUGGUCCGCAUCGCCAUCCACCCCAAUGAUGAAGAGUCUGUUGAGGUCUUCAAGUCUGUCCAGGAAACUUUACAACUCAAACGAUUCACAAAAGAUGUUCACCAACCCGACCAUGCGUCAACUACAAAGAGGAUUGUCCUGCUGGGAAAAACUGGAUCUGGGAAAAGCAACCUAGCUAACACCAUAUUUGGAGAGAAAUUAUUCACCACAAACCAUUCACCCAACUCUGGAACAAGAACAUGUCAAUCUGAAACCAAAUCUGUCAAUGGAAGAAGCGUCACUUUGAUCGACACUCCUGGUUUCUUUGAUGCAGAAAGGUCUGAGGACGACAUGAAGCCUGAGAUAGUGAGCUGUAUCACAGAGUGCGCUCCUGGGCCUCAUGCUUUUCUCAUUGUGCUGAAAGUGGAGAAAUUCACAGAGCAGGAGCAGGCUGUCAUCAACAAAAUAUGUCAAUAUUUCUCUGAAGAUGCUCUAAAAUAUGCUGUCAUUGUCUUCACUCAUGGUGACCAGCUCCGUAAAGGGAUGAAAAUUGAAGAGUUUGUCAAUCAGAAUAAGAAUCUGAGUGACCUGGUGAAGAGGUGUGGAGGCCGGUGCCACGUCAUUGAUAAUAAAUACUGGAAGAACAAACAGCAGAACAACUACAGGAGUAACCAGUUCCAGGUGGAAGACCUACUCAACACAAUAGACAAGAUGGUGAUGGAAAACAAUGGGGGCUGCUACACCAAUAUGAUGUUUGAAACAGUAGAGAAAGAAAUACAGAGAGAGGAAGAGAACAUUAGACAGUCAUCAGGAAACCUGCCAGUGGAAGAGAUCAGAAAACAGGCUAAAACCAGAGUGUCCGAGAGGUUUCUGAUCCAACUUGCAGGUACUGCAACAGGAGCAGUGUUUGGAGCUGUUUUUGGUGUGGCAGCCAUGGUCCGGUUAGUUAUCACAGUUAUAACUAACUUUAAAGGAAUAAUGACACUUCCAGCAGUGGGAGGAGUGGUGGUAGGUGUGUCAACAGCAGGCUUGGCUGCAACAGGAGGAGUAAUGGGUGGUAUGAUUGGACACAAUGCAACUGAGGGAGCAAAAACACCAUUGGAGGCAGCACAGAGGGCAGCUAAGGCUGUCAUGGACAAAAGAAAAGAUACACUUAAGCUGAGUUAG